AUGCUCCCUACAACAACUACUACAACAAUCAAUAAUCACAAUCCUUCAAGAAAAUUUCAUGAAAAUGAAAAUCAAGGACAUGAUGACGAGGAGGAAGACGAAGAGGGGGAGAGAGAAGAAGAUGACGACGAAGAAGAAGAACACAUUGGCCUAAAUAUCAGUGGCAGUUCCUCAUUCAAUGGUAACAUUGAUAGCCAUCAAAAUGGAAGAGUUAGAUCGGGUGGACAGUUAAAGACAAGUGCAAGAGGCCAUUGGAGGCCAGCUGAAGAUGCAAAGCUCAAAGAACUUGUUGCCCUUCAUGGCCCCCAGAACUGGAACCUUAUUGCUGAGAAGCUUGAAGGCAGAUCAGGAAAGAGUUGCAGGUUGAGAUGGUUCAAUCAACUAGAUCCAAGAAUCAACAGAAGAGCAUUCAGUGAAGAAGAGGAAGAGAGACUAAUGACAGCACACAGACUGUAUGGCAACAAAUGGGCAUUAAUGGCGAGGCUUUUCCCCGGUAGAACUGACAACGCUGUCAAGAACCAUUGGCAUGUGAUCAUGGCUAGAAAAUAUAGAGAACAAUCUAAUGCCUACAGAAGAAGAAAGAUGAUGAUGAUCAGUCAAACUCAAACUCAAGUGGCACUACCACCACCACCACCAGCGGUCUCAGCCACCACUGCCGCUGGUCAUCUACCUUACACCGGAGCUCUCCACCAACUGCCACCGUUAGAUCUCGUUUCUGGUCUCAACACGAGUAACCAUGGCAACAUCAUGUCUUGGGAAAACCAUUCGUCAUUAUCGUCAUCAUCAUCAAACACAUCAUGGAUGAUGAAUACUACUAACCCCAUCAACUUCCAGUAUGAUCGUCAACAUCAGCAUCCUCCUCCAUUGAUGAAUGCAAAUAUGGAGCAGAAGUACUACUACUACAACCACCAUCUUUACGGCAGCAGCUACUUACCAACAGCUGCAGCUGCACCACCAGCAGAAGAAGUUUCAGGGAGCCAGCAUUUUUCUGAAGCUAAUAAUAACUUUUCACCACCAUUUAUAGACUUUCUUGGAGUUGGAGCCAUAUGA